GUGUGUCUGUCUGUCUCUGUAUCUCGCUCCAUCUCUCAGGCUUUGUUGCAAGGCAACGAGGGGGGUCUUGUCCUUCUCCCCUCCCUGAGGGAAAUUUCUGAUCGAUCCUCCCAAGUCCCACAUGUUCAGUUCCAAACCCCCCCCAGUCUCGCCCUCCAAGAUAGAGCAGGGAGAUGCAGAUGAGCUGGACAUAAGCACUAAAGUGCAAUUACACGGGGUCUUGUGGAAGCGACCCUUCGGGAGGCAAUCUGCAAAGUGGUCAAAGAGGUUUUUCAUCAUCAAAGAUAGCUUUUUGCUUUAUUAUGCGGAAAAUGAAAGAAAGAACUUUGAGAAUGACAGAUACUUCAACAUUCACCCGAAGGGGGUGAUACCACUGGGUGGGUGCAUCGUGGAAGCCAAAGAAGAACCCAACAUGCAGUUCGUGAUGAAGAUUUCCCACGAAGAUUUUCACGGGAAUAUUUUAUUGGCUGCGGAAUCCGAAACGGAACAAGAACAAUGGCUGGAGACGCUGCACGAAUCAGGAAAGGUAACGUGGAAGAACGCACAGUUGGGAGAAGCCAUGAUCGGGAGCCUGGAGGCACAAGGACUGCAGCUUGCUAAGGAGAAGCAGGAGUACUUGGACAAGCUGAUGGAGGAAACAGAGGAACUUUGCCUUCAGCGAGAGCAGAGGGAGGAACUUGAGCGGUUAAAUCAAGAACUUGAGGCUGAGAAGAUGAAGAUUGAGGAAAUAGUUCAAGAUUUAAGGCUGGAGCAAGAACAGAUCAAGAGGGAGCUGGAGCUUACUGUCAGAUCACUGACUGGAGUUGAGGAAGAAAAGAAAGAACUACAUCGACUGACCGACUCUCUUCAACGUAACCUGGAGUCCCUGUCGCAGGAGAAGCAGAAGACCUUAGAGGUGCUGCAGCAGAGCGAACAGCAGGCCCAGCAGCUAUCGGAGACCAGUGACACCUUCCAGAAUGUUCUCCAGCAGAUCGAGGAGAAGAUGAAGGAGCUCAAGGGAGAGAAAACUCUUGUCGAAGAAAGGUUGAAGGAGAAUGAACAAAGAUCACGAGCCUUGCAGGAGGAGCGGGAGUUUUACUCCAAUCAGUCCCAGGAGCUCCAGAUCUCACUCACCGAGCUGACAGCUGAGAAGGAGAAGACGGAGACUGAACUGAGGGAGGAAAUGAAGUCCCGGGUUGAGCUGGAACGACGACUAAAGGAGGCAGAGGGAGCCUUGCAGCGGCUGGAGCUGGGGCUGAACUCGGAUGAGCGCACCCUGGAACGCAACGAGAGAAUGAAAGGGGACGUGGGGCAACUGAGAAAAUUCUUUGAGGAAUGUAUUAGGAAUGCAGAGAUCGAUGCCAAUCUGCCUGUUAUCAUGAAGAAUUCUGUGUAUGUGCACAAAACAGCGGCACGACGGAUAAAGAGCUGUAGAUUCCAUCGAAGGAAAUCCAUUGCUGCCUGGAACACAUUCAUGACCCACUCCUGCUCGUUCAUCAUGUCUCCCUCGGUUGAUGAUGAAGAGAACAUUGAGGAGCUGAAAGAGAGGGCACGGAAGCUCAGCAGGGACCGGCACUUCAGGGAAACUGUCUACCAGUACAUGUCUCACAGUGAUUCCUCCAAGUGCUGAGGGCAGUCGCUCAAACAGGGUUUGGAUGAGAAUUUUUGCUUUGCCGUUACGUAACCUUUCACAAAAUUCAUGGUAGAUAUGCUGAUCAUUUUUUCAAAAAAAAUUUGCAAAUGCCAUUUUUUUGACAGAUUGAUAUGGGUCACCGACGUUUAACUUCUUGAGAGACAGGGAGAACAUGGAUUGGGGAAGGGGGUAGGUUUGCUACAUUGUACAGGCUGGUCCGUGCUCUACUCCUGUGUGCAGCAGAGGCUUUGUUUCACACAAGAGUAGGCACCAGGUUAGGGGUGAGUGGUGAGACUGCCGACCGAUCCUCCCUUGUCUGACUGUGGGGAAGACAGGGUAACGGAGAGGACCUGGAUGGAAGGGUAGGGAGUAUAUCUUGAUAUGUGUUUUGACACAUGCAGAAACCUAUCAUCAUGCUUAAGAGUAUUUCAAACCAAACUGAGUAUUCCAUGCAUCCCACCAACACAUGGGAAUUACAUAUUGAAGUGUUUGUUUCAUGCACCCAGUCUGAGCAUUUUUUGUGUU